AUUUUAUAGCUCGAACUAAAAAUAUAAUUUAUCACUCUAGUUAUCGUAAUAAUACAGAACUUGAAAGACUAUCCCGGAAGAUCGUUAGAAAUUUGUUGAAACUGAAGGCAAAGAAAUGGUUAUAAAUAUAGCAAAACAAUUUUUUUUAGUAUUUUCUACUGGAUUUAUAAGUGAUUAUGUAUUGGCUGGAGUGAUAAUAAAUGGAAAUAAUAAUAUACAUGGAUGGAAUGUACUGAUUGGUAAAAAAUAUUUUCAAAUAUUUGGCGAGUGUGGUGGUUUAUUUAUUAACCGACAUGUUUUUAUUACCGAUGCCGAAUGUUUUAACUAUAUGAUAAGAGAGGGAGAUAUUGAAUGUAUAUAUUUUUCACAUCAAAACUCUAAGAACACACUUUACAAAGUAGACAAAGAUAACAUUUAUUAUAAUGAAGAUUUGAGUAAAACCUAUGACAGUAAUAAACGUCAAAUUGUUGUAUUAAUGUCUAAGAUUCCGAUAACUGAAGAUUACUUUGAUCUACAUAAUGAUAUCAGUGAUAUUAAUAGUCAUAAAUGUUACGUGUUUAACAAUCAAGAUUCUCAGUUGGAUCUUAGUCCUUGCACGACAGCAACAUUACAUUAUAUAUCGAACGAUAAUAUUCAUGACCCAACGUUUCUAUGUUCUUGGACAGAUUUUACUGUGAUUUCUGGAAAUGCAGUGAUUUGUGAUUCGAAAAAAAACCCUCAAAAGAAAAUUGUUCUUGGAUUAUUGUCAGUACAUAGGAAUUUGAAUGAUGAUGAAGCUUCAUCGAUUGGAGUAGAAAAUGUAACUGAUUUGCGAGAUAAAAUUAACGAAAAACUGAAACAACUUUUGCAGUAAUUUUUUGUUUGCGUUCAUGAAUAUCUAAUUAGUAUUUACUAAUAAUGAAUCUGCUAUGCAAUUUAAUU